AUGGGAGUGAAUCAAUCCUCUCUUGCCCGAAAGCGAGAAAUGCUCUAUCAUGGGGGUAUGAGUGGUAAUGAUGAUAUUGUGAUGAAUGAAGAGCGAGCGACGAUCACCACUUCCAACAAACUCAACACCACCACCACGUCACAACAAUCAGAGACUUCUUCAUUGUCAAGGCACAAGAAAAGAACCAACCAAGAAAGUGCAAAAAACAGAGCAUCCGUUGGCUUACUGCUUCAUUCCAAUAACACAAAUAACAGCAGCAAUGGUGAAAAGAAACGAUUCACCAUUUCAUUAUUCACUAGAACGUCCUCUUCCUCAAAGUCGCCACCUACUACCACUUCUUCAGAGGCUCAAUUCUAUUAUCGAGAAGAGGAUCAUCAUCACGACAGAAUUCAAUCAUCGGGCCAGCAUUCACGUCGUGAUCGAGUGGUGGACAGAAGACCUCCUCCAAUGUCCAUGAAAAUUACCAUCGACAAUCAUGAUUCCUCUUCUGCAACUGCUACCUCACGAAGACACUCCACCAAUGCCAUGACCAUUCUUCAUCAACAACAACCACUUGGCAAUAUACCAAAAGGAAGUAAGAGUGAACCCUCUUCUCCCAACAAACAAAAGAAUAACAACAACAAACAUCGACCCCAAAGUCAACACCAUCAUCAUCACUCUCCAAUCAUUUCUCCUUCUUUCUCAGCAGCCAGUAGUGGAAGUAGUAGCGGAAGUGGUAGCACCCAACCAGGCUUACUCAUGAUUCCCAAUAAUGCAAGUUCUUCUCAAACAACACACUUGGAUGGUAAAAUUAAAUCACUUUCUCCAUCGGUUCAUAGACCUGGUUAUUUAUCGGGACUGUUGGCACUCAAGAGAAGAUCGAAAAGGUCAUCCUCUCAACCCAGCAAUAACACUGAAACUAAUGGUGUGAGAACUACUACUACUACUACUACUACUACAACUGCAACUACAACGACUUCUUCUCUCUCAUCAUCAUUUUCAUCACCUUCUCUAUACCAGACAGGACUCACUGACGAGGAGAGUACUACUACACUCUUCUCAACCUUAUAUCCAUCCAUCAAUGCUCAACAAGUCAUUCAAUUGUUGAGAGAUCCCAUUGGUUUGGAACUUUUUUAUGAAUUUUGUUCCAAACAAAUGUGUAGUGAAAAUAUAGAGCUAUUCAAAGAAUUGGAAUGGUUGGAGCAUAAAAUUCCCAAUUUAUCAUCCACAUCGAGAGUGAAACAUAUCAAAUCCAUUCAUGAAAAGUUUUUGAGUAUGGACAGCGAAUUAGAAGUGAACGUAUCUCAUCAUGCAAGACAACUCGUUGAAAAAGAAAGACACUCCAAGAAAAUUGAUGUUGAGUCCACAUUGACUCUUGUAGACUUUCUCAAAAGAGAUGUGUGUACCAAUUUAUUUGAUGCAUUCUCGAGAUUCAUUCAAACAAAGGAGUACAUACAAUGGAGAGAAGUUAAAUAUUUGAAAUAUAAUAGUGCUCCAAGAUCUCAGCAUGAUAGAACUGACCUUGGAAAAACAAGGCUCAGUAGUGGAAACGUAUUGGAUGAACAACGCUUGGAAAGAGAUCCUGCUCGAAUAUCAACAUCAUCCUGUGAUGGUUAUUCCUUUGGCAGUAGUAGCCUUAUUAGUAAUUCAGUUCCAGACUUACAAUUAGCUAACCUAACUCCACCAACUUUGGAAAAUGAGUUUACUCAACCUGAGGAGCAUUCUGACAACACAACACUAUUCACAUCAACCAUGUGA